AUGGUUGUACCACUUUCAGGCGCUAACCCAGAAUCCCUUUAUAAGGACGACUAUGGCCAAAAGACGCUCAUGGACCGCAUCGACAGCGGAACUGUCUGUGAUAAGUGUGUGGUGAAGUUCAAUGACUUCCUGGAAUAUGCUGGAACGAUCUAUGAGGAAAUGUGCGAACAGACUCCAAUCAAUAUCGUGCGAGGUCGUAAAUGCACAAGUGGACUGCUACCGAUGUGCAUGGAUGGUGGUGGUAUGCGUGGCCUUGUGUCCGUGGUUUGUUUGCUGUUUGCUUCACGGCGGUUACUUGGCGACGAGACCCUGGUCAACUAUUUCGACUGGCUCAUAGGCACUAGUACCGGAUCAAUGCUCGCCUUGUCAACGGCCAACGGUUGGACCCUCAGCGAAUGCUUUUUCCUCUACUGGGAUAUGAAACGGCAAAUAUUCCUCGAAGGUUCUACCAUGUCACGAUUGCUCGGCGACCAAGUCACGACGCAAACGCGGAACAUUGAGAAGGUACUGAGCAACUGCUUUCCGACGCAAUCGUUCCACAAAUGCGAUCGACGACUGACGGUUCCUGCUCUGGACAUAUCAUUGGCUCCUGCGAGACUGCAUAUCUUUAGGAAUUACUCAUUCACACUCCCAUUCGGUGCACCUCUUGACGAAGAGCAAGACAUCAUGUUCAAGGACGCCGCUCGAGCAAGCAGUGCAGCACCGACGUAUUUCGAGCCGUUCUGCUAUCAGGGUAAAAAGUUCGUCGACGGGUCUUUUGUUGCUAAUUAUCCGCUGAAUAUACUUUUUAAGGUGAGCCAUGUAAUUAUCCUUGUUUUAUUUUAA